AAUAGAUGUGAACAGUUAUGGAAACACGGAGAAGUGGGAUGAAGAUGAGGACAAUGAAGAAGUGACCACAGCAGAAACCUCUCUCCUAAAUAAGUUGAUAAGAAAAUCCCUAGUGGAAUCCUCUCAUCGGGUAGAGGUUCUACAGCGUGAUCCCCGCUCACCGCUGUUUUCCGUAAGAACCUUUGAGGAGCUGCAUUUAAAGCGUGAAUUACUGCAAGGCAUUUAUGCCAUGGGCUUUAACAGACCAUCCAAGAUACAGGAAACGGCGCUACCGCUGAUUCUAGCUGAUCCACCCCAAAAUCUUAUAGCACAAAGUCAGUCAGGGACAGGCAAAACGGCUGCUUUUGUUCUGGCUAUGCUGAGCAGAGUAAACCCAAAUGACAAAUUUCCACAGUGCCUCUGUCUAGCUCCCACCUUUGAACUGGCUGUACAAACUGGGCAAGUAGUUGAGAAGAUGGGAAAAUUCUGUGUCGACAUUAGAGUUACGUAUGCUGUUCGAGGGAACAGAUUUCCCAGAGGGACUGUAAUGAAAGAACAGAUAGUAAUUGGAACCCCAGGGACCCUGCUAGAUUGGUGUUUCAAGCUAAAACUUUUGGAUGUAAACAAGAUCAAAGUGUUUGUGCUGGAUGAAGCAGACGUCAUGAUUGACAGACAGAAUUUCUCAGACCAGAGCGUUCGCAUUCAGAGAGCUUUGUCACCAGAUUGCCAGAUGCUUCUCUUCUCAGCAACCUUUGAGGAUCCUGUGCUGCGCUUUGCGCAGCGCAUUGUCCCUGAUCCCAACAUCAUUACGCUGCGCCGGGAGGACCUGACCCUCAACAAUAUCAGGCAGUACUACUUUGAGUGUGAGAAUAAGGAAGACAAAUACAAAGCUCUCUGCAAUAUCUACGGCAGCAUCACCGUCGGCCAGGCUGUCAUCUUCUGCCAGACCCGUAAAAACGCUAAAUGGCUCUAUUGGGCCCUCUCGAACGACGGGCACCAGGUAUCCUUGCUGAGUGGGGAGCUUAGCGUUGAAGAGCGAGCAAAUGUGAUCCAGAAAUUUCGUGAUGGGGUAGACAAAGUCCUCAUCACAACCAACGUCUGUGCUAGAGGUAUCGAUGUGAAGCAGGUCACGAUCGUAGUCAACUUCAGCCUGCCUACAACGAUGUUGCAGCUUGCCGAUUUUGAGACGUACCUGCACCGCAUCGGCCGAGCGGGCCGCUUCGGGAAGAAGGGCCUAGCGUUCAACAUGGUGGAGAGACAUAAUCUGCCACUUUUGUUUUCUAUUCAAGAGCACUUCAAGAUUACAAUCAAACGCCUUGAUCCUGACGAUAUGGAAGAACUGGAAAAAAUAGAUGACUGA